AAUGCUGCGAGGCCUCCCAAGAUGGCAAUGGGUGUGUAUGUGUUGACUGCCACUCCAUGUUGCAAAUGAAUACACCCCCUCUGCUUUGAUCACUCCUCAAGCAACAGCUCGGCUCUAAGCAUCCAAGUCCGGAAACCUCUCGUCCAAUUGCCCCUCCCCUGGUCGUCGCCUAGCCUUGCCAAAACCACGCACCAAUAAACACCGCCGCGCCAUGGCAUGUCGCUGCGUCGAAGCACCUUGGUGUUACAUCAAUGGGGACGAGCAUGGACUACGACAACGCCAAGAAGCCCAGAUCAGAUCAGCAGAGGAGGAGGUCGAGGGCCGUGGUGCUGCUCCUCGUCCUCACGAACUUGGCCUCCAUCCUCCGCUUCUCCGGCGUCGGCGCGGCGCUGCACGCGCACGUCGGCCGGCGCUACCCGGCCGUGCACGCGUGGGGCUCGUCCAAGCUGCUCCGCCAGCUGAACGUGACGGGGCUGGCGCUCGCGGCGAGCCACGCGGAGGUGGUGGACCUGUCCGCCCGCCUGAGCGCGGCGAACAAGCACCUCGAGGCCAUCCUGGGCGGCUCGGCCGCCAAGCGCGACAUGGAGGCCGCCCGGGAGGAGCAGCGGGAGGCGGCGGCGAACGGGCUGUGGCGGCAGGAGUUCCCCGCCGGCGAGCUGCGGCUGGCGGUGGGCCCGCACCGGCUCCCGCUCGGGCCCUCCCGGCGGCUCGGCGGCGAGAGCGAGAUGUUAUUCCCGGCGCUGGGGCAGGCGUGCCACCGGCACCGCGGCGAGCUGGAGCAGUACAUGAACUACACCGCGGGCGGGGAGUGUCCCUCCGACGAGGCGUUCGCGCAGCGGCUGAUGCUCAAGGGGUGCGAGCCGCUGCCCCGGCGCCGGUGCCGGCCGCGCACCCCCGCCGGGUACGUCGAGCCGGCGCCGCUGCCGGCGAGCCUGUGGGCGACCCCGUCCGACACCAGCAUCGUGUGGGACGCGUACACGUGCAAGAACUACUCCUGCCUCGUGAACCGCGGCAGGGCCAAGGGCAGCUACGACUGCAAGGACUGCUUCGACCUCGGCGGCCGGGAGAAGGACCGGUGGAUGCGCCGCGGCGGCGGCGGCAAGAACGCCGCCGACGACGACGACCGCGGCUCCCUCGACUACACCAUCGACGGCGUGCUCGCCGCCGCGCCGAGGGGCACGGUGAGGAUCGGGCUGGACAUCGGCGGAGGGUCGGGCACGUUCGCGGCGCGGAUGCGGGAGCGCGGCGUGACGGUGGUGACGACGACGAUGAACUUCGACGGGCCGUUCAACAGCUUCGUGGCGUCGCGGGGGCUGGUGCCGAUGCACCUCAGCGUGGCGGCGCGGCUGCCCUUCUUCGACGGGACGCUGGACAUCGUGCACUCGAUGCACGUGCUCAGCAGCUGGAUCCCCGACGCGGUGCUGGAGCUCGCGCUGUUCGACGUCUACCGGGUGCUCCGGCCCGGCGGCGUGUUCUGGCUGGACCACUUCUUCUGCCUGGGGGCGCAGCUGGACGCCACCUACCUGCCCAUGUUCGACCGGAUCGGGUUCGAGAAGCUCAGGUGGAACGCCGGCAGGAAGCUCGACCGGGGAAUCGAGAUGGACGAGUGGUACAUCUCCGCGCUACUCCGGAAGCCCAGAAGGUGAUCGACUUGACGGCUCGGAGCUCAUCAGGUCAUCAAGAACAACGUCCAUGGAUAUCAUUGUCACCACUCGCAGCUUAAUCUCCAUGUCUCACAAGUCACAACUAAACAAUUAAAUUUAUUACUACCUUCAUCA